GUAUCGAAUCGGCAGAGAACAAAACACUCAAAAAUGUUCGCCCGAGUCCUGAAACCAAGCCUAGUUUUACGCAGGAGCGUGACCACCACUUCAUCCUUGCGUUACAAGGAUCCCAUUUACCACAUUUUUCUGGACAAGGUGCGUGAGUACCGACUGAAGAGCCCAACCGGCAAGCCCAUUGAUCCUGGUCCGGAAUACGACGCGGAACUAAAGGAGUCUCUUGAGCGUCUGGCUCUUCAAUACGGUGGCGGUGAGGGCGUUGAUAUGCUGGAGUUCCCUAAAUUCAAGUUGCCCGAUAUAGAUGUUGAUCCCAUUUCGGUUUUGGAGUUACCAGAAAACCAACCUAAGCCGGAGAAAAAAGGUUCUAAAGAUGAUAAAGAUGAGAAAGUAAAGGGUAAAGAUGAUAAGAAAGCAAAGAGUGGUGAUAAAGAUGUGAAGGCCAAAGAUGACAAGAAAUCGACUGAAACAAAGGGCAAGGACGAAAAGGACAAGAAAAAGUAGUGUCAAACUAAACAAAAAUUUAACUAAAAUUAUUCUUAAUUUUUUUUCGAUUUUGGAUAAAUUUCAAUAAAGUUCGUCUGUA